CUGAACACGCGGCGCCACAUGCAGGUUGAGCUAGAGUACUGCACUGGGUUCAAGACCAAGGGCGUCGUGCGCGGAGUCUCGGGCUCCGCGUGGCUGGUGAAGUCGAACACGCCCACCGGCUACCCGCUCAGGGCCAUCACGUGGGGCACCAGGGCAGUGGAGGAGACCAUCCACGACAAGAACGAGUACAUUCAGCUUGCGCUGCGCACUGGCUUGACGGACUGCACCAUCUUCGUUCGCAACACGCCCGUUGUCGUCUUGCUGUGGUUGAUGCAGUACCACAACGAGUUCCACAAAGGUGCUCGAUAUUCCUUCUGUGAGAUGAUCAGUGAGACGCCUGAUAUCGAGGCGAAAUGGCUCGUCUACAAGAAUCAGAGAGGCGUGGCCUCCCGCAUGGGUGAGACGGUUCAGAUCAAGAAUAAAGAUACCAACAUCAUGGAGACCAAGAAGCUGACCUACGAGCAGUCGUACUGGCGCUGGAUAUCCAUGAACUUCGGCGGGAAGUUCACCACGUUUCAGGUCUUCGACGCCGCCAAGAUCUUCGAGCACAAUCUUAACAAGUUCGGGCUCAAGGACGAGUUCAUCCAGUUCUGCCAGGCGAAAUGCAACUUCCUCAGUGAGCGUUUCAGCACGGAGGUCUGCGUCAAGGUGUUGCACGGCAUCUCGACCCUGUUGGCCGGCGGCAACUUGGAGGGGGGCUUGACAGCGACACAGCUCAAGACGACGGUGUUUGAGACCUUGAAGUUCUGUGUCCCUCUCGGCGACACUGGAGACGGCACUCCUCCUUGGAUCUUCGACAAGUUCGACGUCGAGGCGGCGUGGUACAUUCUCACUCCGAUGGCCGAGAGCAAGGUGUAUACGAAGAAGCCGCAGUUCGAGCUGAAGGGGAAGCUCCUGAAGACGUUUCCAGACCUGACGGUGCCACAGGAACAGUUCGACACCUUGACCACCUUGACAGCUGGUUCGGAACCGCAGCUCGCGUGCUUCGCUGACGACGUGUGGCGCCUGAUCGAGCACAGCAUUCGCAUCGUCGACGCCUUCGGUGUCACCGACAAGCUUCUCUCCACCAGCCAGACAGCUCUGAUCCGCAAGGUCGCGUCGUUAUCAUUGGAAUUCUGUUUUGCAGCCACGCUGACGCUCAACAACAAGACCUACACGAGCUGGAGCAGAGUGCGACCCCAGCUGCAGCGCCUGAUUGUCGAUGCGUUCUUGAACGCCCCGCCGGCUGGCAACUCGGGCGUCAGCGGUCGUGACCAAGCGGCGGCUGUGAUCGAGCGCAUCAUGAGCGGGACCUCCUUGGAUGAUGACGAGAAGGAGUCAUUGAACGAGUCUUCGAGUAGGAUUGCUAUCUUCAUGGAUGAGCCCGCCAUGGUUGACGGGCUGAAGGCGUUCUUGGCCAAUAACCCCCCUGGCGUCCCGCUCCCCAUGCACGUUGCGUACAUGAGGAUCGUCCAGGACUUGUGCUCCGAGCUGCCUCGUCCGAGGGAGGACGGAACGGGGCUGCCACUGCAGCUGCCUCAGCUCAUGGCGUAUAUCUGGGCGGCAGUGAAGAAGCACGUCGACCCCGAGUGGAUCAAUGCCGCAGCGGACACAGUGGUUGCGGCUGCAGAACACAGCGGCGACGUGCCUUCAGUCAUCACCAGCGUCUUCGCCAACUUCAAGAAGGCCGUCGAUGCAAGCCACAUGCGUGGCGAGUACGUGCUCGCAGUGGUGGCAUCGACGUGCGGGCCACCAGCAUUCAUGGCAAAGCCGUGCGACGUCUGCAUGAAGACCGCCCUCGCCAGCAUGAACAUCCAGACUGUAGCUGUCGCUCUUUGUGAUAUCGAUGCCUGCCAGGACUCCGAGGACGCAUGGGUGAGAUUCUGGGUCGAUGCCAUCGGGAAGCUCGCAGAGGCCUCCACCGACAACUACGCCGCGGUCAUGGCGGACCUGAGGACCCGCCACAAGCCCUCGAGGACGCCGAUCGCCACGCCGUCGUCGGACACGCAGGCUUCUUCGCAGACUCAGGAGCCUCAGUCUGCCAGCGCUGUAGUGGCCGCCGCAGCGCAGGAGUCCCAGGUUGCGGCGCUGCCCACUCCCAUCAUGACGCUCGCAGACAUCUACGAGCUCGCCGACGCCCCCAUCCUCAAGGAGGGCGGCAUGGAGGUUAGCGUGGGCGCGUGCUAUCUGGGGCGCGUCCAGCGCGCCCUCGAGAAGAUCGUUUGGGACAUGGUCGACCCGAGCUGUUUCGCCGAGGCCGUCGCCAUUGACUUGUCCAAGAAGGGUGGUGAGCCAGUUGCGCUCGAGAUCACGGCGAAGUUGAAACUUGCGUUUGCUGGAAGCGUGCAGCUCUGGCAGUCGCCGCCGACCAAGAAGAGUUUCAAGCUUGCCACCGCCCUCGGCUCUGACAUGUGGUUGCACGGGGAUGCGCACUCUAAGAUCACGUCGGAAUGCCCCGUCCCAGCCUGGAUGGUCGGCACCACGCCCAAGGAGGCAGAGGCGAACGUGGAGUUGACCUACACCCACAAGGUCGUGUACCUGGACGCGCUCUCGCUGUGCCCGUGCGCCCGCGACGUUGCGGACUCGCUCCGCAUCGACAUGACGGUGCCCCACCUCACGCCAUUGGCCGCGCGGGUGGGGGCGACAGCGACGCCCGGAGCGCCUUUUGUUUUGAAGCGGUUCGUUGCUGCGACCAAGGGGCGCCAGACUGGCGCCAAGCGGUCUGCUGCAGCAGCAGACCUCAGUGGCGCUGCCGCAGUGUGCUCUGGGCCUUCUGCGAAAGCUAUCCAGGAGCGUUUGGGCGCCAUCGCAGCGCAGAAGGCUGGCGGAGCGCCCCCCGCGCCGAAGCCCAAG